AUGAUAACAGUUAAAGCCAAUGAUAAAGGAAUGAGACAUGAUGGUGGUGUACCAAGAGAUUGCUGGUUCAAGGAUAGCUUCUUCAUUCUAUUUUUCUUGCUGUGCUUUUGUAGAUUGUUCACUGAUAUAAUGGCCUUCUCAGGGGACUUAAAAGUUGUGAAGGUUGGGGACAUAGAUGCCCCUCCUGAAGAACAAAAUUAUCUGUGGCCUGACACAUCCACAUCAGAGAGCACUGAGAUUGCUUUGGAUCUGUUUACUUGGAAAUCCACAAGCCAACAUCCAGUCUACUCAGGAGGAUGGAAUGUUUAUCACAAUGAUGAUUUGGUUAAACCUGUCAGUGAAGAAGUUGAGCUUCCAGAGGAAAGUGGAGCUCCUGACAAUUGGCCACAGAUACCCCAGUUGUCUAGACGUCGUAGCUCUGACAGAAGGUUGUCCAUUUGUGAUGCUGAUCCUAAAGACAAGGAUGCACUUGUUCCAGUGACCACUGAUAUUGUACCUUUAGCAAGUGUUGAAGCACUGAAGGACUACAACAGCCAUGAUCAGCUCAAAGCAGUAGUCAAGGAAGUGAUGUUGCUCUUAGCAUGGUUGCAUGAUGAUUGUCAGCGGACAGAAGCCAAACUGCAAUCGGAAAAAGCCCUUGCAACACAGCUUUCUUUGAAAAUUGAUGAAAUGUCUCGAAGAAAACUCACUGAUAUAACAAAUGCAGUGCAGAAAGAGCAUGACAUAUUCAAACAGAAAAACCGUCCUUGUUUGGUUCAUCUUACAUAUUUGAAUCGUAUCCAUACAACUUGCCAUAAUAAACUCAAAUCAGCACAAAAUCUCAACUUCCACUUAAAAAAAGAUAUUGCUAUCAGAAAUGAACAAAUUCCACUGGUACAAGAAAAGAUACUUCUAGAAAAGCAACACAUUGAUAAGCUUCAAAAUGAUCUCAAUGAGGCAGAGCAGAAGAUGAGUGAGACUUUGAAGAAUCAGGCAGAAACAAUGUCCAAGCAUAAAGAAGCCCUGGAAAUAAUCAAACAGGAACAGUAUCUUCUUGACCAACAGAUUAAUUCUGUUUGUCAUGAACUCAAUAAAGUAUCCAAUGCAGCAGAAGAAGCUGAAAAGAACUACUAUAUGAUGAGUCAAGGUAUUGUGGAUGGAAAACAGCAUAUACAAGACAAUGAAAAAGAAGAGUUGGUAUUGAAAGUGAAAUUGGAGAAUUCCUUAACCAAAUCAAACACUUUACAAAUACAAAAUAAAGAAGAAAAGAACAUUCUGAAGCAACAUUUAAAGACAACUAAACAGAUUAAAAGUGAGAACCAGAAAAUUGAAGAUGAAAUUGAAGGAAUGAAAAAUGAAUUUAAUACAAAGAAAGUAAAAAUUGACAAGGAACAUCUAAGUCUAGAGCAUGAUUUGCAAUCAUUAAUAGAUAACAAUUAUGCUAAAAAUUCCAAAAUUGAAUCCGUGCAGUUGCAAAUAGAAGAAUGCAAAAAACAGAAAUCAUUUUAUGAGAAGAAUCUGAAGCGAAUAACACAUGAACUCAUGAAAAAUGAAAAUCAAAUUGCUUUGACACUUGAGGAAUUAAAAAGGAUGCAAGAAGUGAACAAAAUGUUAGACGUGGCACUAGAGAAAGAACAGCUCAAGAAUAUGGAAAAGGAAAAGGCUCUGGAGCAAACUAUUCAACAGAUACGAAAAGAAAUAGACAGUGAGAACAAAGCCUACUUAGAUAUGACAACCCAGAUUCAAGAUCUGGAAUUUGAACUGAGAAAUGUAAAAGCUGAAGCAGAAGAAGAAAAAGAAAAGCUUCUUUUUAUGGUGAGUGAGGCCAAGAGUGCUCUGCAAAAGCUUGAAGAUAAAAUUAAAAAGCUAAGCAAUCUGAAACAACAAAAAAUACAGGCACUGGACAUCUUGGAAAAGAAAAAGAUCAGUAUUAAAGAAGAAUUUGACAAAUUAAUUCAAGAUAAUGAAACCUAUCUGGAUACUUUGACACCUUUUAAGGAUAUGUCUGAGCAAGGCAAUGCUUUGGAGUCUGCCCUGGCUAAAUUAGAUGAGGAAAAUGUCAAAUUGCAAGAUAUAUUAGAAGAACUCAAUAUUCAAUUGGAAAUUGUUUCUAAAUCUUCCUUAGAUUUUAGGGCUCGACGGGAACAAGUGAUUGAACAAUUAAAUCAGGAGCGGAGAGAACAUGAUGACUUAAUGCAUUAUCGAAAAGAAGUCCUUCAAAAUAUUUUGGAAAAGAAAUUGCAAAGUCUUGAAGAAAAUGAAGAAUUAGCAUCCAAGUACCGAAUAGCCCAAAAUACUUUGGAGCAGAGGAAAAAUGAAUAUGCACAACUGUCUGAGGAGACAGGAUUGUUAAAACAGGCAGUCAGAGAUUUAAAACAGCUAUUGAAACUACAAACCAAGAUGGAACACAACUGCACACAUUAUUUCCUAUACCGUGGCCUCUUCCACAGCAAACAGUUGGCUUAUUUCUUCUCUCUUUUUUUUUUUCUUUCUAUAUCAAUGUCCUUUCUUUUCUUUUCUCGGCACAAACACCAUUUCGUACACUGCCAGUCUGUAAUAGAGGUAUACACUUUCUUCCUCUCUUGUUUCGUCUUUUUCUUUCCUUCCUUUUCUUCUGUAGACAGCUCGGUCUGCAACAGGGAUGUACACUUUCUUCUUCUUCUGAAAACAGCUCGACUUGCAACAGGGAUGUACACUUUCUUCUUCUUCUGA